CUCAAACUAUCUUCACGUCGGAUAGACCUCAAGUACAUCUCGAUCGUAAGUUUUGCGUCAACUUUGUCUCGACCUGUCAAGCUGUGUUCCAGUUGCGACCAGCGCGUCACACCGACAAACAUGGAAUCCACCUGAAGAUGUGCUCCACCAAGGCACGAGUAUCGCCGGCGCCCCACAUGUUCACCGAGAGCAAGAGCUAGAUCUCGAAAACGUUGAAGCUAUCUGGGCCAAUGCAGGAACAAGCCCGUCGUACCCGCGAAUCAGCACGUCAUGGGACAGCUAGGCACGGGAUGUUCGCAGCCCACUGUUGUCCUAGCAACGAGAUAUUUACUACAUAGAUCCCCAGAUCCCCGCUCAACCCAUGUGUCCAUCGCAGGCAUUCCUGUGCUAAGCGAUCGCUCAACUUUCCCUUUCGAAGGUCGCGCAAGGAGGGCCGUCAUUCCUUGCCUGCUCAAGUCGCAAUCAUGGGCCGCUGGCAGCCCUACCUCUACUCGGCGCCGGAGAGGCAGUCGAUGAACGACACUCGGGACAACUUCAACCCCAAGGCUGUGACCAUGGCCAGUCGCAUGCCGCCUCCACCCCCGAAGAAGAAGCAAGAUGGCCCUCUCGUGGACUUUAACAAACAUCCGGACAGCUAUCUGUUUCUACCGUAUGGAAAGACGGACGCCAAGCCUAUGAGUGCGAGGACCAAACUGUGGGUCAAUAUUGCGCGAUGGACUCAGCUUGCCCUCCGUGUGUGCAGUUUGUUCGGCGCCGCUGGUUUACUGCUCUGCGCCAUCUUCAUCCGAGGUGCGCAGGAUACUGAAGGCUGGAUCAUGAGGAUCCCGCCUGGUGUCGACAUGGUAGCAUGUCUCUAUGCUAUCUACCACCUCAUCCGUAGUCCCAAGUCGCGAGCCCCAGCGAGCUCAGCCAGUUACCACUUCUUCGCCUUGGUCACCGAUGCGGGGUUCAUCCCUUUCUACGUCUAUACCCUACUACUCUCGCGCCGGAACGCCGAUCUGAGUGCCGGGACUGCUGGCCGCUGGAGGACGAUAUUUCCGACCGACGAUGAGACCGACAAGAUCCUGCUUACAGCCUGGCUUACUGCGAUUACCGCUGCGGGUCUCCAUCUCAUCUCAGCGGUACUCGAUAUCUACCUGGUCGUCGUCUUCAGGAAGAUCUCAAAGCUUCCACCUGAUAUGAACCCGCUCGAAGACAAUCUGACUCGCAGGAAAUCGAAGCACAAACACAAGAAUUCGUCCAUGUCCGUCGUCACACCCUUCCUUGAUGACGAGAAGCGCUUCAGUGGACAGAGCUCCAAUUCGGUUGACAGGAACUCGCAAUUUGACCCACUCCUCUCACAAGAUGUUCCGAGUCCCACUAAGACGCAGAUGUCGUUCAUGCAUACUCGUAGCGACUCUGAAACAGCCUACUCGCCGCACACCCCUAAGUCUGCUCAGCAGUCCAAGGAGCGGUUCUCCAUGUACUCACAACCCCAGACGGCUCGCCAGUCUCGUACGAGCUUAGCACACCGUGAUGAUCUUUACCGCCGAGAUGAUAAUGUCGACAACGAGACGUUGGCUCAACGUAAAUCGUUCCUUGCUCAACAAGCGAACAUGCAGCAGAACGAAAGGAACAAUUCCUACGUUACAUCAUCGUCCAAGCAAGAGUUCUACACGCCCCCUACUACUGCCCGCAGUAACCAGCUCGCCUCUACUGGUGAUCUCGCCCUCGAGAAGAGCAGCCGUGAAGAAUUGCGAAAUGACAACUGGUUCAUUCAUGCUGACGAAGAUGGAGAGCAGGGCAACGAUACCCGUUACCUGGUACCCAAGCAGUCCAAGUUUGCUCAAAAGAAAGGCUACACAAAUGUUUCUUCGCAUGACGUCUCAGAUGUCGAUGAGACCAGCCCAACGAUGGUGCCUCAGCCAUUGCGCAUGAAUCCACCGACUCCUCAACCCACGCCUCCCCCGAUUCCCAACCACAAUGGCAACAACAGCACACUGCCUCCAUCGAAUCUCAAGCGUACACAGACAACCAUGUCGAUAUCGACGGAAGCCACGUUCAACCGUUCCCAGUCACGUGGCAGUACACCAAAAUCGCGUUAUUAUGGUGACCUUAAGGCUGCAACAGCUGGUAUCAGGAGUGGCGACUCAGCUUCGAACUCUCCUGCAACGUCGCCCACAAAAGGUCCUUCCAAAAUCCAGCCCAACCAGCUUCCCAGCGCGACUGCACAGUACACAGUCAACUCUUCCCCCGUCAAGAACAGCUUGGCGCAAAACGCACCCUUCAGCUUGGACAAGAAGUCGUACACAAGUGUUCGCAAGACUGGCGAGUUCAAUCACACACCCGUGAAGGCAAUUUCACCACGUGUCGUUAGCAGAUCCGGCAUUGACUAUGUCAACCCAUAUGAAUUUGACGAUUCAGAUCUAGGUGUGCCGGGUCGCAAACGCGAUGUUAGCGGAAAAAUAGCAGAGGAGGGUCGCGGAGGGGCAUGGAAAGACGGCGGACUAACACACCGCAAGGCCAGCGGUGUCGGCUACGCUUUCUAAGCGCGUAUAAAGUGUCUUUGUUUGCGAUUGGCGUUAUGGAACCCCUCCUGUAUGAUUAACUAACUGCACAUUUCGUUUUUAUUGAAUGAUACGGACCGGUUGGAAGCCAAAGACAUUGUAUAUGGUAUCCGGAUUUAUAUAGCGCUUUAGGCGAGGCUUGAAUGCCCAGAUAGCUUGAGUACAACCCUCGGCACUUCACCACAGUACGGCCUGGUUCGUGGCACGACAACGUGACUUUGUUUCGUGAUACACACCAACGCAGAUUCAAUAAAUCUCUGUCAGAUCCAGUCAGCCUAAGCAGGCAACACAAUUGUUUGGUGCCAACCCAAGCCCCCACGAGACCACAUGUUCGUGUAGGCUGCUGUGUUUGUGCGCUCGAAGCGGUGGUUGCCGUCUGAACACAUCGGAAACGCGCGAGUGGAGCAUCAUCAAUCAAUGGCGUCUGUUAAUCACGCACGAACAUCAACAAACCAUAGAGCGUCACCAAGCGAACAGCUCU